AUGUCCGAUUCUUCCCGAAGAACAGGAACAAAGCGGACGGGUUCGGAUCAUGACUAUUGUAGACACGUAAAGAUGCUGGAGGUAGUAUUACGUCGGACAUCACAAGGAUCAUCAUUCAAAGCAGACAUGUCACAUGUCACUACUAGUAUGCAGCCACUCUCUGAAUCAGACACGGAAAGCAACUUUGAUGAUCUGAAUGGCGAUCCAGAACGUAUAUCUAUACCAGGCCCCAGUGCGUCUAAAGGAGAGCUCUUGGAGACCCUCAAAGCACUGCAAGUUCAAAUACAGCGGCUUCAAGAAGAGAACAAGAGUAUCAAGGAGGAAAACAAGACGCUACAUGCUGAGAAGCCAAAACGGAAGCGGUGUGCGGACACGCAGCACAAGUUUGCUAUUCACGAAGAUACCAUCACUAUCUAUGCCCACAAAUACGGCAUGAUGGUUGAAAUGUUUCCUAAUGGCGAACUCCUCAACAAGAAACUCCCAGAAUGUCCGACACCCUUUGGUAGCUCUGAACGAUAUACGACCGCAGCCACGCAGGAAUCCGCAUUCCUAGAUGAACUUUAUUGUCACUUCCCUGAAUCGCUGCACAAAAUCAUGGAAAGCUCUUACUUUAGCGACCUGGUACUGAAAAGUAUUCCUGACACCCGUGCUAAUGAAAUCAAAAAGCUUCGUGGCGUCGCUGGCGAUAUCUUUGGCCUUUCGUCAAAAUAUUUCACCAACCCUCACUAUGAUAGAGCUGCUGUCCCCGAAAUUCAACGGUUACUCGGUGUUACGUCCACUACAAAUCUAACCUACAAGACCUUCCCACCGGUGUUGUUUCCAGGUUUGAUAGAAGAUAAGUCGAUGAAGACCAUUUUGAAAGCUUCAUUGUGUGGCAUUUCCUCACUCCAUCAAGAGUCAAGUGGCAGUGGUGCCCAUACGAACUCUCUCAAGUGGAGUGUCUGCCAAAUCACACCAGGAUCAUUAGCAUGGGCGUCAGUCAUUGGGAUAUUUUUACUCUCACCAGACACUGAAUUUUUGAGCACCGGCACGGGGAAGAAAUCCAACAUCAGUUACAGGACCCUGUUCUACCUCUACAAGAAAGUACUGGUUGCCAAAUGGACUACAAAGCGCAUCAUCACCAUCGUCACCAACAUCAACUGUUACAUUUUCAGAGCCACAAAAAUUUCAGCCGGUUCUGGUGAACAAGAAGAUUACACAGAUGCCAUUGAUUGUGCACUUGCAGCACUCGACAUGGACAGUGAUUUGGAUGUCGAGUUGAACACUUCGGCUCAGAAUGCUGUAGCCCUUGCAGCUGCGAAUCCUGUUGAAGAUCCCCAGCCUACUCGCAGUCUAAGUCUUGGAGCCCUCGUUGAACCUGAUAAUACUACCAUCAGCACCAAUGCAGGAGAGGUCCAUGAUUCACGAGUUUCAGCCUCAGACAUUUUAGAAGCGACAGAUGAGCUAUCACAGGAUUUGGGGGGGUGA